AUGUCGGACUAUGCGCGCCCGACGGGAAGUCAGCCAAUUGAAAUGACGGAUAUGCGAGAAGUUCAUCGGACUGGGGAGAAUGGGACAAUCCAAAGGGCAAGCUCGAUAGCCACCGAUGAAGACGAGGAAGAGAACGAUGGACUACCAACAGACCCUUUUGAACCGUUUGGUGAUGUCGAGCCGGCAACGGGGAGCAUCCUCACCUUUCGUGCCUUAAUUGUGGGCUGCUUGUGUGGAACGCUUGUGAACGCCUCCAAUUUGUACCUUGGGCUCAAGGCUGGUUGGACUGACUCGGCCAAUAUUUUCGGGUCCAUCAUUGGCUUUGCACUGCUGCAGCCAUUAACGUCGCAUCUGUCUUCUCUGGGAUACCACAGCCAACAUUUUGGGCCUCAGGAAAAUAACAUCGUCCAAACUGCGGCUACCGCUGCUGGGGGAUUAUCCAAUGUCUUUGUCUCCGCUAUACCCGCAUUGUACCAACUGGGAUUACUCACCACGCCCAGUAAGGACUUUGCACGCUUAGUAGCUAUCACCGCAGCUGGAGGAUACUUUGGCCUCCUCUCUGCGGCUCCCUUGCGCAAAUUGUUCAUUUUCCAAGUGGCAAGAGAACUCCAGCUUAUCUUUCCUUCGUCGUCGGCAACAGCCAUUACCAUCCGAGGCAUGCAUCUUGCAGCCAGCGGUGCAUACGAAGCUCGGCAGAAAAUGCGAACUCUGGCGUACAGCUUCCUCUUCGCUAUGCUGCUGCGCGUAGUAUCUCAAUAUGCCAUUGGUAUCCUAUGGGACUGGCAUAUUUUCACUUGGAUCGCGUCAACUGGCUUCAUGGCAGACACAGCCAUGGCUAUAGAAAGCUGGGGCUGGUAUAUUGAAUGGACCCCGGCCUUUAUCGGGUCUGGAAUGCUGGUUGGUGUGAAUGUUGCUGCCUCCUUCGUUCUCGGAUCGAUCCUCGCUUGGGGAGUCAUAGGGCCCUAUCUGGUGUCUCAUGGAUUAGCGUUCGGAAAGGAGGCGACCUCACCUGACGGGCUCGUCUCAUACUUCUCCUUGUCAGCUGAGUUUGCAGAUGCCCAACAUCCUAGUCCUCAGUACUGGCUUCUGUGGCCAGGAGUUGUGUGUAUGAUAGCGGCGGCGUUCACAGAACUAUUCUGCCAAUGGCGGGUUAUAUGGAUAGCGACCCGCGGUUUGUGGCAAGCCCUUAAGACACGACGACAAAAGGAAUACACUUAUACGACCAUUGGUGGUGAGAAGAAUCUUGCCAAUAAGGACAACAUCCGAUUGUGGAUGUGGCUUCCCGGGCUCGUAGUGAUAAUAGCUGUUACUUGCUUUAUUACGAGCGUGCAAUUUGAAAUGUCUGUGGCAGAGACGUUACUUGCGCUCACACUGGCGUUUCUUCUCUCACUACUCGCGAUCCACGCUUCUGGAGCGACAGACACCGUACCGCUUUCAUCUCUCUCUAAAGUGACACAAGUUGCCCUCGGAGUAACUACACAAGGGUCCGCGAGCAUCGAAAGCGCGCAGCGCUUAAACCUACUUGGCGGGGCUCUCACCAAUAUCGGGGCGAACCAGGCAUGCGAUCUUAUGGGUGAUUUCCGCGUGGGCUUUCUUCUAGGCACAUCACCACGUCUCCAAUACGCUGCACAGAUGAUAGGAACACUAGUCGCUGCCCUUGUGGCCCCUACAAUGUUUCUGAUCUUCGCUUCUGCAUACCCCUGUAUUCUGUCAACUGAAGAGACUGCUGGGGACGGUGGGGGCCAUCGGUGCGAGUUCCCAGCACCCGGUGUCGCCGCCUGGCGCGCCAUCGUCCUCGCCGUGACAAGGCCCGAAUCACCAAUACCACCAAGUAGCUGGGUGUUUUCUAUAUUCAUGGCAGUAUUGGCCAGCGCGAUGGUAUUAGUGAAAAACCUCUGCACUCGUAAAUGGACCAGCAUACAGCCCUAUUACCCCAACAUGGUGAUUGUUGCGAUGGCGUUCACUCUGCCGUCGACGCAGUACGGAACGGCUAUGCUAAUUGGGGCCGUGGUUGCCUCUAUAUGGAAGAAAAAGCGCCCUGACGGGUUUGAAAAAUAUGCAUAUGCCGUGGCGGCUGGUGCCAUGGCUGGUGAAGGUAUCGGAGGAGUCGUGAAUGCUAUCCUGUCCGGUAUCGGGCUGGAUGGUGGAAGUUUCGGCACCACAGUUGGUACGCCAAAGCUUAUCUGA